UGUCGUUGUUACAGACGAGUUGACUAACUUCCGGCUUAACUUAAAAAAAAAAAAAAAAAGACAGUUUCAGAUAGAAUGGUUAGUUUGACCAUGUAAAGCAGACUAUCAUACGUAUAUUUUCUUGUUACGAAGCUUGUUACUAAUUUCCGGUAUGGAUGAUCAGAUCAGUUCCAGUACAGAUGAUGAAAAACUGCCCUGUGAUCAGUUUACAGACUGUAAAAACUCCGAUCUGGAGGAUAUUUUGGAUUUGGCUGGCGGUGCAAAAGACGCUAUCGAGAGACACCGAUCUGAAGAUUCGACCAUGGACAUAAAAACAGAAACGAUCCUAGAAAAACAGGAAGCUAAAGCACCGUUGUCACAAUUGUGGGAUCUGCUGUACUGGCGUGACGUUCAGAAGACGGCGUGUGUGUUCGGAGCGACGCUGUCGCUAUUGAUCUCUCUGAGUCUGCUCAGCAUCAUCAGCGUGUGUUCGUACAUCUCUCUGGCUCUGUUAUCCAUCACCAUCUGCUUCCGGAUCUACAGAGGAAUCACGGAUGCGCUACAGAAGAGCGAAAACACUCACCCGUUUAAAUUAUAUCUGGAGCAGGAUGUCACUCUACCAGCUGAUGUCAUUCAAAAACACAGUGACGUUCUGUUGAAGUACAUCAAUACCGCUGUGAAAGCACUGAAGCAUCUUUUCCUUGUGGAGGAUCUGAUCGACUCACUGAAGGGAGCUGGGCUGCUGUAUGUUUUGACCUAUGUUGGUUCUGUGUUUAAUGGACUCACUCUUCUCAUUAUCGGUGAAGUUGCUGCAUUCACCUGUCCAAUACUGUAUGAAAAAUACCAGAAGCAGAUCGAUCAUUACUGCGGUCUGGUGAACAGCUAUCUCCAAGACAUAGCAAAAAAGAUUCAGGCAAAGGUUCAUGGACUGAAGAAUAAAGCUGAAUGAAGAGCAGCAGUGUUGGAAUGCAAGCGUUGAACAGCGUGGAGUGUUAGUGUGUUUCUGAAAAGCUGUUGUUACUCUAGUGUGUGUUAAUCAAUUGCAUGUUAAGUAAAAAAAAAAGAAAAUCCACUUAAAAAUGAAUGGAUUGUGUAUUUUCAUUUCCCUGCUUUAUUACUUCCCAGUGCUGCAGUGUUUUUCGUUGAUUCUCAUCUGUGUAAAUGAAAGAGUUUAUAAAAUAAUAAAAUGAGAGUAUUUUUCUGCAUCUUUAUUUUUAACGUGAAUAACAUUAGUUCUAUCAUAAAUUAAAUAUUAUGACUGUGAAGAUGGAUGUAAAUCAGAUUUACAUACAGCUUAAUUUUCUCUUUAUACUGCUGUUUAUCUGUGAACAAUUAAAUACAUGCAAAUAAAUCAUAUGAAUGAAUUUA